GUUAAAAUUGCACCAAUUGAACGUAAAAAUGAAGAUAUUAAUAAAAAAAGAGCAAGAUUAGUUUAUCAAAGUAGAAAAAGAGGUAUCUUAGAAACUGAUUUAUUAUUAUCAAAAUUUGCUAAAUUACAUUUAACUACAUUCAAUAUGGAGGAAUUAGAUGAAUAUGAUAAAUUGUUAGAUGAAUUAGAUUGGGAUAUCUAUUAUUGGGCUACAAAGAAUUAUGAUAUUACACCAUUACCUGAGAAAUGGAAAGAUAGUAAGAUUUUAAAGAUGUUACAAGAGUUGAGUGAGAAUAAAGAGAAGGAAGUUUUGAGAAUGCCAAAUUUA